UUCUCAAAAUAUAGCGAAAUUAACAAGUGUUGUAGUUUGCUGAUCCUAAUUAUAACAUUUUUGGUGAUUUAAAAUGGCAAUAGUUAAAAUAUUACUGAGCUUGGCUACCAUAGUCAUUGUGUUUGGUUCUACCAUGGCUGCAAAUCAUACAGUGGGAGCUCCUAAUGGUGGAUGGGAUCAGAACACUGCUCUUGCAACAUGGGCUGCAUCCAAAACUGUCGUAGUUGGUGAUAGUUUAAUUUUUGUGUAUGCUCCAAACCAUGAUGUUCUUGAAGUUACAAAAGCUGAUUAUGAUUCUUGCCAGACAACAAAUGCACUAUCAACAAAUGGUGGAGGGAUGACUAUUAUGCCUCUAUCUUCUACUGGUAAAAGAUACUUUAUUUGUGGAACUGGUGGACAUUGUGCCUCAGGAAUGAAACUUGAAAUCAACACACUUGCCACAGCUUCUCCUCCUCCUGCAGUUGCUCCACCUGCUAAAUCCCCUGUUUCAUCACCAACGCCGAAAAUUGCACCUCCUGUUUCAUCACCAUCGCCGAAAAAUGCACCUAAAAUCUCCCCUGCAAAAUCCCCUGCUGCUGCAGUUCCUCCAUCAUCAACAACUAUUGAGGUUCCGACAUUGCCUCCUUCUAGUGGUUUCGUACCAACAUCAUCUCCACCAUCACCAUCUCCACCAUCGUCUGCUGAUAAAAUUAGUGUCCUUGCUAGUUCCACCGUGGGAUUUGGCGUGGUCAUUAUGAUGUUGUUCUUUAUGUAAUCCAUUGGGUUUUUUGUUUUUGAAUUAUUGUUUUAAUUCUCUUUUGUGUAUGAUUUAUUCGAUCGUGGAUAUAUUGAUCGAGAGAAAUCUUGUUUAAAUUGUCUAAUGUUGAUGAGGUCGUUACACAAAUAACAAGUCGGAUUCAUUGUUUAGCUGUAUUAGUCCAUCAUCAACAACUUUUGAGGUUAUAUUUUGAU